CAUUUCCCUCGUACGUAAAACCUAGGCGCAUGAAACCGUGAUGGAUGCUUGAUGCUCGAGUGCUUGCUCUCACGCGUCAAUUCGUCAAUGCUGAGGUUUUUCACCUGCCUUGCCGAUCAACGCGAACAGAACGCGGAAGAAACUGAGGACGAAAGAAGUUUGAAAACGCCGGCAAUCCCGCCCCUACAAGAUGUCGACGUAAACAAAAGAAAAAACAAAAAAAGGAUCCAGCCUUCAAUCAAACCGAGCCAGGGUUUUUUCUUGCGGACAAAGCAAAAAAUCCUUCUCAUUCAACCCGAAGCUUCCUGGAAAGUCUUUCCUCCCCCUGAAAAUCCCUUUCAAUUUUCCUUCCUUCCAGGCAAACAUGGAAACUAACAUUUCCUAGAAUUGGACGCCCCACGUAGCGUUUACAGCCUCUCUCGUGAUUCUAUUCCCCUUUUCCUCUCAUAAAUUUCUCUUUAGUCUGGGGCGGAGGAUCGGAUGGGCGCUCAGCAAUCCAAGGAUGAACUGCUGCUUCAGCAGGUGACGAUUGGAAACGUCGGCGCCAUUCGAUCUCUUUGUCGAGAGGGCGCCAACCUCGAGCGGGUAGACAAGGAUGGAAGAACCCCACUUAUUCUGGCAUGUACAAGGGGCGAGCUUUUAGGUGUAGCAGAGUGUCUAAUUGAACUCGGUGCCAAUUUGAAUGCUUACCGGCCUGGUUCUCAUGGAGGAACUCCUUUGCAUCAUGCUGCUAAAAGAGGCCUUGACAGAACAGUGCUUUUACUUCUCUCACGUGGAGCUAAUCCAGGGUUGAUGAAUGAUGACUGUCAAACUCCUCUUGACAUGGCAAGGGCAAAAGGACAUAUUAAUGUUGUCCGCAUUAUUGAGGGUCACAUCUGCCUAUUCUGUGGUUGGGUUCGGGAGCUUUCUGGACCAGGUAUAUUGGAGGCAUUAGCACCUCAAUGGGUAUCAAAAAAAGUUUGGGUGGUGGUUAUACCAUCUCAUUCUCGUAACCGCACCAAUCCCAAAAAGUUCGAGCUUGCUGUUUAUCUUAGCUUACAGACAGCACAGCCACGGACAGUUAUUUCACUAUGGAAGUCUGAGAUUGAGGAACCAAAACUUAACCACCCAGAUCCUGUCCUGAUUAUUUUUGACAAGAAUAGCAGAACUAAGUUCAAAUUCUUGUCUGCAAAUGAGGGUGACAAGGAACAAAUCAAGAGGCUUUGUGAAGCUUGCAGAGGAACUCCACAGAUAAGCACUCCAGCAACCUCUGUUGCAUCUUCCACUGAGGAUCUUGAGAUAGCCAUGGCCAUCAAUGCUUCAAUUCAAUCAGCUAUGGAGGAAAACGUGCCCCCUUUUCCCACCACAGACCAGAGCAUUCAAGCUAUUAGCACUAAUGGUUGGGGAAACUCUGCUGGGAGUCCUAGCUACAAUGGCUGGGGACUUAGCAAUGUCCCUCCGCCUCCAAAAGCUGGAGAUGACAGACCUGCAUCUACAUCAAAAACUCAUGAAGAUUACUGGCCAGCUAAGCCUAGUGGCUAUAAGGCCAAUGGAUUGGGUGCAUCUGAAGCAGGUCCAAGCAGUGUGCCCACUCAGAUUUGCCAAGGUCAGGAACUGCAUGAAACCACAAUUGUUGGGACCUCUUUCGCUGCUGAAUCCUUUGCUCCUUCAGCUCCACCUCUUCCUGAAGGUCCAGUUCAAUAUCCAACUGUCGACUGCAGCCCAGUUGAUCUGGAAAUGCCUCCUAAACAGGAUGGUUCACGUCAAGGUCUAUCCAAGGACGGAGAUGGUUCCUCUGCAUGUGUGAUCUGCUGGGAUGCUCCAAUAGAAGGUGCAUGCAUUCCUUGUGGUCACUUGGCUGGUUGCAUGUCUUGCCUGAAUGAAAUCAAAGCAAAGAAUUGGGGCUGCCCUGUUUGCCGUGCUAAGAUUGAGCAGACUAUGAAGGUGUACACUGUCUAGCUAGCAAACUGAAGUAUAUAAAAGGAAAAAUUUGCUCCGUUACAUGAUUGAGGUAUAUGUAUAUGUAUAUAGCCACAGACAAGACUUCAUCAAGGCUGAGAUGCAGUGUUCUGCAAAAUUUUUAACGUCCUGGAUGAUAAGCUGCCUUUGUGGUAAACCAGAGAUUGAAGAUGCCGAUCAGAUUAUAUUGCUGUUCCGAGGAACGACUUAAGUUCUUUAAGCAUGUGUUUUGUAAAUAUUUCCUUCUGCUUUACUGAUAUUAAUUGUCCUUCACCUUCUGUUGCCCCUCGUACAUAUGGCCUUAGUUUUUAUUUACUAUUGGUUUCGGCUGUGCAAAAGUACUGUGUAAGUGCUUCUUUUAUAAAAUUGAAGGCAUCUGAAAUCGCUUUUUGAA